AUGACAGAAACAACAAAGUUCUCUGACUUGCCCAAUAAUACCAAUGCCAAAUGGUGGAAAGACCAUGGUAUGAGGAUCAGUUUCGUCCAUAUCAUCACCCUUUAUUGUGCUGUUUACUCAUUGGGAUACGAUGGGUCUCUUCUUAACGGUCUUCAGGCACUUACCGAGUGGAACAAAGAUUUUGGAGCUCCUAAAGGUACCAAGCUCGGUUUGAUCGCUGCAUCGUACUAUCUGUGA